CCCCCCUGUCCCUCCUCGAUGUCGUCCCCGUCUCCCCCAAGGCCGUGCGAUGAGGAUGAGCCGGAUCCUCCUGAUGAAGAUGUGCCCAUGGAGUCUGGAGCUGGAGGCCAGCAACUCGAGGAAACCAACCAGGCGACCAAUCACUCGCAGGUCCAUCAGGCUGCAGAGCCACAGAUUGACCAGACGGGUGAGGUGCCGCCAACGGAGGUCGACAAGGCCCCGGAGCCGUCUGCAAGCCACAAGGGUGCCGAGCCGUCUGCAAGCCACAAGGCUGCGGCAGUGUCCCUGCCGGGAGCACUGUGGAGGCGCGAGAGUGUGGAAGCCAGGGCGAGAUGGGAACGGCUGGGGCUGGACACCGUUCGAUUCGGGCUCGUGACUAGCCCUGUCAAUUGGCUCAUCUGGGGCGCACUGUUGCUGGUAGCCGUUCUUGCUGGCACUUACUGCAUGGCGGAACAACUGAAGAAGGUCUUCCAUACUCACAUCAAUGACGCGUGCACCAUUCUGGUGAUUGCAUGUCUCUCCUCUUCUAUGCACAGGUGUUCAUCUACUACGGUGAGGGACAAGAAGGAAGGGACACGUGAUAACCGGUACGUUGUCAAUGGUCGACUCCCUCGUGUGCAGGAGAUUUGCAUGAGGACGGCACUGAGAAGUAUUCAUCAAUAAACGAGUUUGUUGACGACCUGACUACACCACACGGUGAGACGAGAAUCAUUGGAAUCAGGACUGUGAGCUCAUUCACGUGUGUGCCAUCAGACAACUACACGUGGCAGAAGGCUAGGUUUGACAAGAUCGUCCUCAGCGUCGUAAGCACGAUCCGUGAGGCGCAGGGUACUCGCGCUGCUUACAUGAAUGCUGUUUCGCCGUUGCCAGGUGUGGGCCCUCUUCGCCUUCUUCACACUGCAAGAGUUUGUGCUUGUUACACUUUUUUGGCGGCCGACUCUCAUCGCCUUCCACAACAGGACGUUGCGACAGUACAUUGGUGCUGGCAUCCGGGGACAGCAUUCAGCAGUGGACCCAUCGUCUGAAAAGAAGACCUUCAUGAGCCGAGUCAGGUUCAUUAUCGCCAAGAUCAGGUACAUAUGUCAUGAGUGUAUCGAGUGUUUUCAUCGCUACCUCUAUAAAUGUAUCCUCACUCGUCUGUCUCUGUGUCUCUCUUCCUAACUUUUUCUUUUCCGAUAUCGAAGAAACGAGUACCUUGGAUUCACUGGUCAGUAGUCGACUCCAACAACAACAGCAGUCGAAUCCUGUGGACAGUCACUGCUUCCUGCUUCUCCCCGUUGUCGAUGUUUCCGUCUGUCUGUCCGUCUGUCUGUGUAGGAAUUGUGUUUUGGAUUUUGCAUUUCGCGGUAAAAUAAGAUUGACUCGCAUUGUUGACGUCAAGGAUGCAAACGACCAAUUGCUCAGGAUGACUUCGCCGACAUCAUUCUCCAAUCGCGGCGGUGUCUUUUGUACGGGGGCUGGGAUGUUUUGACCUGGAGCCACGUGCCGGCACUCGACUGGCCCACACACGUCGUCCUCUCAGCGUACGACAAACAAGACGAAGACUGACUCUUCCUUGGGACAUACUUCCCGUUAUAUGUUACAAUCAGAAUUCUUUGCUUUCAUUCUGUGGUGUUCUGUGGCACAUUCAUCUUCAAGAAGCGGGGUCUUGCCGUGAUCCUAUCGCUGACGGCCAACAUGCUGUACAUCAGCCACUCGCUGCUCAUCGUCUCAGCCAUCCUCACCACUGGCCAAAUCGGAUUGGGAUCGCUCCUCGUGUGAGUGUCCGCCGCGAUGUGAUUGACAGGCUUCAAUGCAUCUGCCAUCUUUGCUGCUUCUGCAGCGUCCAAUCGAGGAGCGCCGUCGACUUUUUCACUUCCUUUAUGCCGUUGGUAAAUGUGUCCUGAUCUGAGACACGGCCUGUGACUUUGGUGUGCACUCCUGCAGUUCCUCGCUGUGCACGAGCUGAAGGCCCUCGACAAUCUGCUAAAGCUCAAGUCCUUCCACGACUGGCAGAAACACAACAAGGCUGUCAAGGAAAAGCACCGUAUCAGCGUCGCCACCGUCCUAUCACCUGACGCGUUAGUGCAGCACAAGCAUCCGGUGUCCCUGCCAAUCGGCAAAGCGACUGGUGCGGCGGACCCGGCGGCCCCGAGCACGCAGGCUGCUGACACCACACGUUCCACGCCUGAGGCGGCAGGGCAGUCGGCGUCAAAUAGCGGGUCUCCUGACGAGUUUCCGCAGAGAAUGGUACAGCAGAAAUACUCAUGUAUGCGUGUGUGUCUCUCCAACCUCAUCUGUGCAGCCGUCACUUGGAGACGCUGAAGCCUCGGUCAGGCGGUCGGUGGGAAAUGUGCGUGGACAGCUGAAUGGACUUAUGGACCUGGUCAGUAAGCAACAGUCGACCACAAGCCGUCUCGAUUGGAUGGGAUGCUAUGGUUGCCGUGGUGCACUGCAGGAGGGCUUCCUCAGCUCCUACGCAAGAGGCGAGAUAGAGGAGAAGAUGCGCGAAAGACGCCCGUCCAUCAUGGAGAAGGGCGUCAUCCUUCCCGACACAGACCUGUUCGCCGACGGGGCUGACGAGAAGUUCCGGGCAAUCGAAUUUUCCACUUUGUUUGGUCCGGCAGAGCCCGCCUCUCCGUUGCGACAGAGACGAGUGUCAAUCGCGUCUAUCAAGUCGGCAGACAUUGACAGUGAUGCAAUCCCGAAAAGUGAGAGGCAGUCGGUGGCGAAUGUUGUGGACCAGCUGCCCGAGAGUCACGUGUCGGUGGCUGGGGCGGGGGAGUCUCGUCGGUCGAGCAACCUGGUUUCCUUCCACGAGGACAAACAACGCCAGACGUCUGCUGAAGUGACCAUGCUGCGCGUGGAAAAGUACUCACUUGACUACACACGCGCAAUGUUCUGUGCUGGGACGUUUCCGUUCCCCUUCAUUCAGGGGACUUCGCGUGGUGACUGCGGCACUGUCUGUCUUUCUGCUGGGGCUCUUCAUCUUCCAAGUCACCCAGCUGAUACGCAGCGCUGUCCUUUGUCGGCGGAUCGACGCCUGGGAACACAACUGUGUGCUCAAGACACGGCCACCGAUGAAGGGCAGCAGCCCCUGCGACUGCAGGUAUACGCACACAACGACUUCACGUAGGCCCCCGUCCUUGCCGACGGCAACAUGCUGGCUGCAGAUAUUUCAUUGUGGACCUUCAGCUAAACCCCGUGGAUGGGACGCGGCUGGACAAGCCCCGGAGUAAGGGGGAGAUGUUCCACACGGUCGUAGAAGGCCUCAAUAGCUUUGAGUCACUCGAGGGGCUCACCAUAUACGCGUUCGGUGCUGAGGAGACACCACCGCCCCGCUCUACUACGGUAGCGGGAAUCAAAGAAGUGUUUACUAGCUCAGAUGGUAGCUUUAUGAUUAAUUCCUUGUAUAGGUCCCAGACUUGACAAAGCAGCCCUUCUUAGUCGAGAUCGUGUGGACAGGCAUGGUGAGUUGAGAGGACGACAACAUACACAGAGACACACAUACACACGAUAGAGAUGCAGAUGCGUGUCUCCCGGACAAGAAUCGCCUGUCUCUCCCUUGCAGGCUUUCACCACGUGGGAAAACCCUGACUUCUCGAGGCUGCCGCGUCUGAGGGGGUUAGUAUUCGCCAUCGGUGCGCUGACUGAGAUGCCCGAGUCUAUCUGCUCCCUCAAAGACCUGUCGUGGCUUGACAUGAGCGGACAAGCCUUCACAAGCAUCCCGACGUGUGUCGCCGACCUGAAGGAGCUGCAUGUGUUCCGCCUGCUCUUCAAUCCACUCUGCAACACGGGCUUCCUGCAAGACCCCUCACACCCGCCGAACUUCAAGGAAGUGCUUGAAAAGUAAGACAACUGACGAUGGUAAACCGACCUACGAGACACAUGACAUAGUAAUGUCUGCCUCUCUUUCCUGUCUGUGUGUCUCUGCGUUUCUCCAUGCAGGCUGAAGCCGUGUGGUGGAGCGCCUCAGACUGGGUCGAGUCACUGUGGGACCACGUGCGCCGACAACAACCAGAUCUUCUUAAUCAUCGACGCCAAUGGCGAUAAGCUGCUGUGCUACGAUGAGGUCAGCCGACAAGCAUCGGGUCUGUCUGUCUAUGUCUCUGUGUCUGUCGCCCGUGUCUUGUGUGCCUCCAUUACCCCGCCUUACUUGUUCUCCUGUUGUUGUAUGUUGCAUAUGCAGGUUUCGAAAGUUCAACCGUGGAGCGAAGCCGAGUUUCUGGCGAUGCUGUAUGACCUUCAGUCGCCCGACGACCCUGUGGGGCCUUGCGCUAAGUGGAGAUCGUUUCAACUGAUAUUCUCCCAGGUAGGUAGACACACACACGGAUGGGUGAUGAGUAUGUCCUGUCUCACUAUGCUGUCUGUGAAACCACGCACAGGGUACCACAGACUGCAUGGAGUGUCCCUUUGCCGUGGAAUCAGCAAUCGAGAAGGGCAUCGCGACCUAGAUGGCUGUGUGCGUGUGUGUGUGUGUGUGUGCGUGCCCGGGAGAAUGACUUUCUGG